AAUAAUAUUUCCAACGGUUGAUGAUUUUCCACUGGAUUGCAAAAUUGAUAAUAAUACUUGGGGUGUUUGUGUGAAUAUUAAAAAUUGUACUUCUGCUUGGACUGUACCAAAUAGUGAAGUGAAAACAUGCUACUUUUUGCAGUCAGAGCAAAUCGUUUGUUGCAACUUGUUUGAAAUGGAUGAAUUGAAAGGCAGCACAGACCGUAAUGCUGUAGAAGUGUGCGAAGGUUAUUAUCCAGACGCACCGUCUAUUCUUUCUGGUUCAAAGACUGAACACAUGGAGUUCCCAUAUAUGGCAGCACUUGGCUGGAAAUCAAAUGUAAAUAACAGUACAGAUUAUAAAUGCGGAGGAGUUCUAAUCUCAGCUCAAUUCGUUCUAUCUGCGGCACAUUGUACCGACUUUAAUGGUGAUGAACCUUCAAUCGUUGUGCUUGGCGGUGUAAACUUAAGUGAGGAUAAUUAUACAGAGUACAAAAUCGUUGAAGUAAUAUCGCAUCCGUUAUAUGAUCCGGAAUUUUCUUAUAAUGAUAUAGCAUUGUUAAAAAUAGAAAAAGAAAAAAGUUUUCGUUAUCCAAUUGCUUGUCUUUCCUCUUCCGCCAUUGAUGUGGAAACUGUGACUGUGAUCGGCUAUGGAAAUACACGCUUUGCUGGAAAUCAAUCUUCACAUCUCUUAAAAGCUAACUUGAGUAUUAUAUCGAAUAAAGAUUGUCAACAUUUUUAUAUAGAUGAAGACAAUUUACCAAAAGGUAUUGUUGAUCAACAAAUUUGCGCGAAGGACCCUGAAAAUAAACGAGAUGCUUGUCAGGGCGAUUCUGGUGGUCCGCUUAUAGCAAAAGUAAAAGGGAGGAUAAGAAUACGACCUUAUGCAAUAGGUUUAGCUUCAGUUGGACAUGGUUGUGGUGGUCAACCGCCUGGUGUUUAUAUUCGUUUGUCAGAAUACUUUGAUUGGAUUGAAUCAAUUGUUUGGAAAAGUAGAAAUAAAACAGUUUCUUAAAAAUAUGAUUAAA